CAGAAUGCAACUGACUCAAUUUUUGUAAUAUGCAAGGGAUUUCUGGAGAACAACGACCGCUCAUCCUUACAGAACCCACGCCACUGCCAACUUCCGUUUCAAUUAGAAUAUAUUAUAUCGUGAUGUUUUUGGUCUCUUAAUCAGGACCAAUCUCUGCUAUUUAUUGCUAUGUGAUUGCCACUGAAUCAAGGUAGAACUUUCGAAGAAGGGUCCAGUUAAGUGAUUCGUUUUUGUUGUGGAGUGAAAUAGGAUAAAAUGAGAUGGAAUCUUUGGUUUUGGUCUCGGAGAUACCUGUUCUAUUUGGGAUACAGUUUGUUUUUGAAUCAUGUCGUUUCAGAAACCAUAAAAUCCACCAAAUGUGGCAGUGUUUUCAUAACCGUGAGCUCCUUAAAGGGUUCAUACAUUGAGCUCAACUGGCAAACAUCCUGUGGUACUGAUGACGUACAUCCAAGAACCAUAGCCCUCUACAAUACAGACAUCAGGAAUAGAACUGAGGAGGUCGUUCUCUACGAUGAAAUCAUAGCGAAGAACCAUCCAGAUGGUUUUUACAAGACUGAAACCCCGUUCAACAUCAGUGAAAUACCGGAAGAUUGGAAGUACAAUGCUUCAACACUGAGCAGACUUGGCGUGCAUGCUUUGCCUUACUGGAUUGUUUCUUAUUCGAAUACGAAUGAGAUCAUCGAUAUACAACCCAUGAAAUUACAGCCUUCUUGGAUGUUUGACAAUAGGGAAAAACUGAAGAAUCAGCACAUAGGAGAUCUGCUGAUACCAGGAACGCAUGAUUCAGGUUGUUAUGGAGGUAUAAGAAUAUUCGAAGAUUAUAUUUUAACCCAGGAUUUGCCAAUUUGGUACCAACUGAUAUUCGGCAUCAGAUAUCUAGAUCUGAGGAUAGCAUACCAUCAGGAUCAAAGGUUCUACAUCAAUCACGAGUUUGUAAAAGUGAAAAAACUGGACAUCAUAUACAGCCAAAUCAAGGAGUUCGUUGAAAAAUCUCCAGGAGAAGUCCUGAUCAUCGAUUUUCAUCGUUUUCCGUUUCCAUCGGUUUGGGAUGUGGAGCUACACCACAAGUUCAUAAAUUACACCUUGGACCAGCUGGGAGACUAUGCAUACUCCAAGAAUGGCCUCCAAGGUCAUGUUUCCAGAGGCCCGACUAUGGGAGAUAUUUGGAAAGCUGGGAAGAAUAUCCUUUUCACGUAUGCUGAGAAAAGAUUCACAAAAGUAUACCCGCAACUUUGGGACCCAAUACCUCAAGUAUGGGCCAAUACUGUGAGCGUUCACCACCUGAAGAACUACCUGGAGGACUCACUGAAGAGGAGAUCCAACAACACCAUUUUCAAUGCUCUUAUGGCAGAGCUGACACCAAGGACCUUGGAUGUGAUCACCGGCAAGAACACCUUGAGAGAACUAGCCAAUAACGUCAAUUCGAACGUGACCAAAUGGGUUAGGGAUGAGUGGAGCAAAGAAGUUAACAUAAUCACUUCUGAUUUCUUCCUUGGCAAUAACCUCAUUGACGUAGCUAUCAAUGUGAACAGGAACAGAUAGCCGGAUGUUAGUGAUGAUGAGGGGAGAUGAGUGAAAUAGAGAUUCUUGAGUAAUUUCUUAGCCGAAUUAUUGGUAAUCAUAGUGUUUUAUAGCGAUCUCUGCUGACUUGGAUUGUCUUUCUUUUUGUUAAUCGUUUGUGAGAAGCUUAAAUGGUAUUAGUCACUAACUGAAUGGUGGAAUAUCUGCUGAAGUUCACCCAACAGAAAUAAAGGUUAUAUCAAAUGAAGAUGACAUCCUCAUAUGAUUAAAAAUUCUGAUUAAAACGAAGUAAAAUUA